CCACCCUCCUGAACCAAAAAGAAUGACAGAAGUGAUUAAUACCUGUGACCCUGCCAUGGAAGAAUUCACAUUAAGCGCUCCGCCCGGUGCUGAAGGCAACACAGUUCAGAUUUUUCCAGAUUCUCACGAAAAACAUCCUAAACUGACAAAGCGGUUGCCAUCAAUAGUUGUAGAGCCAACGGAAUCUGGAGAUGUGGAGAGUGGUGAACUGCGUUGGCCGCCAGAGGACCUUAGUCCAUCAGAAGACAAAAAUCUGUCUCGUGAUCAGAGAGAAGAAAAAUCCCAUCAAGCGCAGUGUUCAGAGGCUGAAGGUGCUACUCAUUCGUUCCACGAAGGAGAACAUUACGCCGGAUGCAGAGAAAGCGGAAAUAAUUAAAGCCUUCUAGAUAUCCUGUUUUUGUUUAUUAUCUUCUGUUGGAGAAAACACAAGUCGCAAAAUGAAAAAAACAUGGAGAUAUCAGUGGUUAUAAUGGGGUAGAUAUCGCAUGUAAGGAACAGUUGGGGCUACAUUGUAUAGUCCCUCUUUGAUUUCCAAGAAUCUUUCUUGGGUAGUUUUGGCAGAGUAUUUCCCCAGUUUCCUUAUCUCUUAGAAUUGUUGUUAGAAUUUGGUAGUAGCAACUGGAGAGUGUAUUGCUCAACCCCUUGACAUUACAAAUCUUAAAUCUUAUGUAGAUAGAGAUUAACAUCUAUAAUUAUAGCAAAGUGCUACUAGGACAUUUAUGAUUUAUCUUCUUGUUUCCCAAAUCAUAGAUCAUUUAUCCAGUCCCUGGAUGGUUAUCAAAUGUAAAUAUUUAAUUCUUUGUCAAAAAAGUAUCCAAAGGGAUUUUCGGAAAUGUGACUCAUAUUCAUUAGCACAUCUUUUCAUUUAAAAAAAUGAUUUAUUGUAACAUAUAUUACAUUAAAAAGGACCGCACAAAUCUA